GGCAGUGCGUAUUCCCAGUCCAGCCUUGCCUCAGGUGUAUAAAGCAAGGUAAAAAACAAAACAAUACUCAAAACAAUAGUUAUUAUCUUAACUUACUUAUUUCCUUUAUCUUUAUAUAUUAUUUCAACAUUGGAUUUCUCGAAACACUUUUGGAUAAAGAGAGCAGGUCUGACAUCCUUGUGAUACAAAUCUGCAAAUCUACAAAAGAAAAUACAGAGUAUGCAUUGAGAAUCAUGGCUGUGAACGAGUCCGGAAAGAGCGACCCAUUUGAAAGUCGGCUAAUCAUAAUUAGGGAACAAACUGCCGCACCUCAGUUUGACCUCAGAUCAGUCUACCAGAAGACAGUGGUCAUCAGGGCAGGAGAUAACUUGAAAGUUGAAAUUCCUGUGCUGGGCCGUCCAAGACCCUCAGUUGUGUGGAAGAAGGGGGGUGAAGAAAUUAAACAGACACAGAGAAUUAACAUUGACAACACAGCAACCUCAACUAUCUUGAGCAUCAAAGAGAUCAAGACAGAUGAUGGUGGAGAGUACAUUAUGAUUGGAAAGAACAUCAUUGAAACAGUCACAGACACUAUCACUGUUCAAAUACAUGAUAUUCCUGGAUCCCCUAAAGGACCAAUUAAGUUGGAUGAAGUUUCUUGUGAUUACAUUCUAUUUUCCUGGGAGGCCCCAGAAAUUGAGGGCGGAGUUCCAAUCAACAAUUACAUUGUUGAGAUGAGAGAGACCACAGAAACAUCAUGGGUAAAGCUAUCAGCAACAGUUAUGCGUACAACAUUUAAGGCCGCUCGUCUGACAACAGGAAUUGAAUAUCAGUUCCGUGUUAAAGCCCAGAACAGGUAUGGUGUUGGUCCCUACAUAACAUCAGAGCCAGUUAUUGCAGCUUAUCCAUUUGAUGUCCCAGGAAGACCAGGAACACCCCAGGUUGUUACCUGUACUAAACUUGCAAUGACCAUUAGUUGGAACGAGCCUCCAUCUGAUGGUGGAAGCCCAAUUUUGGGUUAUCACAUUGAGAGGAAAGAGAAAAACAGUAUCCUCUGGAAGAAGGUUAACAAGGCCCUUGUGGUCGGAAACCUCUACAAAUCAUUUGGUCUUGUGGGUGGAAUUGCCUAUGAGUUCCGUGUCAUAGCUGAGAACAUGGCUGGUUUGAGCAAACCAAGCAAACUAUCAGACAUGACAUUUGCCUUGGACCCAGUGGAUCCUCCAAGUCAACCAUUGGCUAUUAAUAUUACCAGAAACGAAGUGACCCUUCGCUGGGAAAAACCUGAAGACGAUGGUGGUUAUUCAAUCACUGGUUAUACAGUAGAAAAGAAGCAGUUGCCAAAUGGUUCCUGGGUUAAAGCUAAUUUUGGCACCAUCAUGGAAACAACAUUCACUGUUAGUGAUCUCAUUGAGGAUGAAUCCUAUGAAUUCCAUGUUCUGGCAAGAAAUUCUGCUGGUGCUAUCAGCAAGCCAUCUCAAGCUUCUGAGGUCAUCACAUGCAAAGAAGAUAUCCAAAAGCCUAGGAUUGACAUUGAAACUAUUUACAAUAAUGUGGUGGUGGUGAAAGCAGGUGAUGUCUUCACCUUGGCUGCCACUGUCACAGGAAGACCCAUACCAUCUGUAGCCUGGACCAAAGAUGGAGAAAAGUUGGACGACGCAGCAAAAAUAGAAAUCAAAAGUACAGACUUUGCCACAACACUGAGUAACAGAAACUCUUUGAGAAGAGAUGGUGGUGUGUUUCUGCUGACAGCCAGAAACCCUGGUGGCUUUGCUCAGCAAGUGUUUAACGUUAAGGUACUUGACAGACCAGGGCCUCCUGAUGAGCUCAAAGUUUCUGAUGUGUCUUCUGAGAAAUGUGUCUUGAACUGGUUACCACCCUCACAUGAUGGUGGUGCCAAGGUAGAGCACUAUAUAAUUGAGAAGCGUGAAACAAGUAAAGUUACAUGGACAAAUGUGGCAUCAGAUUUAGAGAUGAACCGUUACAAGGUAACUAAACUGCUAAACGGCAAAGAGUACAUUUUCAGAGUAAUGGCUGUGAACACCUAUGGAGUUGGAGAACCCAUUGAAUCAGUACCAACACUUGCUACCAAUCCAUAUGUACCAUCUGAUCCUCCAAAACAACCUGAGGUGACUACCAUUACUAAAGAUUCAAUGGUUGUCUGUUGGGGUCACCCUGAGAAUAAUGGUGGAAGCAAUAUCUCUACCUAUGUAAUUGAAAGGAGAGAUAAGAAUGGUUUUCGUUGGGUCAAAUGCAAUAAGAGGAGUGUGACUGAUCUACGUUUUAAAGUGUCUGGACUUACUCCAGAACAUGAAUAUGAGUUUAGAAUUCUGGCAGAGAAUGAUGCAGGUUUUAGUUUACCAAGUCCAGAAAGUCGAUUCUAUAAGGCAUGUGACCCAGUGUUCCCACCUGGACCAGUUGGCAAUCCAAGAAUUCUGGAUACAACAAAGUCCUCCAUUACAAUUGCUUGGAACAAGCCUGUCUAUGAUGGUGGAUCUGACAUUACAGGAUACAUGGUGGAAACCUGCUUACCUGAGGAAGACAAAUGGACAAUUGUCUCUCCAAGGGAUAGAUUAACUUCAACUUUAUUUACCAUUACAGGCCUUAAGGAAAAUCAGGAAUACAAAAUCAACAUUGCAGCACUUAACAGUGAAGGGGUGGGUGAGCCUGCAUCUGUGCCAGGAACACCAAAAGCAGAGGACAGGCCCAUUCCUCCUGAAAUUGAGCUGGGUGCAGAGCUUAGAAAGAUUGUUUGCCUCCGUGCUUGCAGCACACUCCGACUGUUUGUUCCCAUUAGAGGAAGACCCGCCCCUGAGAUCAGAUGGUCAAGGGAAAAUGGUGAGCCACUGGAGAGAGCCAAUAUUGAAAACACAUCAUCAUUUACAUCAGUCAUGGUUGAAAAUGUUGACCGUUUUGAUAGUGGAAAAUAUAUGUUGACAGUGAAAAACUACGCUGGAGAAAAAACAGCAUUUGUAAAUGUCAGGAUCCUUGACGCUCCUGGUGCCCCUCAAAAUCUUACUAUUAAGGAGAUUACAAAAGAUUCUGUCUCCCUUGCAUGGGACCCUCCCAUUAUUGAUGGCAGUUCAGUGAUAACACACUAUGUUGUGGAAAAGCGUGAAUCUACAAGGAGGGCCUACUGUACUGUAAAUUCCUGCUGUGCCAAGACAAGUUGGAGAAUCGGAAAUUUGAUAGAGGGUUGCAGCUACUUCUUCAGGGUGAUGGCAGAGAAUGAAUUUGGUAUUGGUCUGCCAGUGGAAACUGAUGAUUCUAUUAAAGUUUCUGAAAAACCUCUUCCACCUGGCAAAAUUACUCUUAAAGAGGUCACAAGCACCAGUAUUACAUUCUCUUGGGAGAAGCCUGAUCAUGAUGGAGGCAGUCGUAUCACUGGAUACAUUGUUGAGAUGCAAGGAACAGGCAAAGAAAAAUGGACACAGUACACAGUUGUAAAAGUAACAGAAGUUGUAGUGACUGGACUGAUACAAGGGGAAGAGUACUCGUUUCGCAUUUUAGCAACCAAUGACAAAGGAAUAAGUGAUCCCCGCCUAUUAGGAGUGCCUGUAGUGGCUAAAGAUAUUGUUAUCACACCAACAUUCAAGCUAUUGUUCAGCACAUUCAGUAUUAUGGCUGGUGAUGACCUUAAAAUUGAUGUGCCAUAUGCAGCUCAGCCAAAGGCUUCUGUCACUUGGCUCAAAGAUGGUCUUACUCUGAAAGAAACCACAAGAGUAAAUGCAGAAUUCACUAAUAACAACCUACAUCUUGUAGUCAAGGAGGCAACUAGAGAUGAUGUUGGCAAGUACACCAUUAAACUUACAAACACAGCAGGUGAGGCUGCAACAGACAUUUACGUUGCUGUUAUGGACAAACCUGGUCCUCCAACUGGUCCCAUCCAGAUUGAUGAAGUGACAGCUGAUAGCAUGACCCUGACAUGGCAACCUCCUAAAUAUGAUGGUGGCUGCGCUAUCAAUAACUACAUUGUGGAAAAGAGAGACACCUCAACAACAUACUGGCAGACUGUGUCUUCAACUGUAGCAAGAACAACUACUAAAGCAGCCAGGCUUAAGACUGGCUGUGAGUAUCAGUUCAGAAUUGCUGCAGAAAACAGAUAUGGAAAGAGUUCUGUACUGGUGUCUGAAGCAGUGGUUGCUCAGUAUCCAUUUGUUGUACCAAGUUCUCCUGGCACUCCCUUUGUACAAUCUGCAACAAAGGACAGCAUGCUUGUUUUGUGGGACACACCAGACAGUGAUGGUGGAAGCAAGAUUCUUGGAUAUCACCUUGAAAGUAAGGAGAAAAACAAUAUUCUUUGGGUGAAGCAGAACAGACAAAUUAUUACUGAAACAAAAUUCAAAGUUUCCGGCCUUGAAGAAGGUAUUGAAUAUGAAUUCAGAGUGUAUGCAGAAAAUAUUGUUGGUUUGAGCAAAGCCAGCAAAGUGUCAGAAAUACAAGUUGCCAGAGAUCCUUGUGAACCUCCUGGCAAGCCUGAAGCAGUCAUUGUUACCAAAAGUGAUGUGACCCUCAGAUGGACCAAACCAGAUUAUAUUGGUGGUAUCAAAAUCAUUGGCUACUUGGUUGAGAAAAAAGAGUGUCCUGAUGGUCGCUGGAUGAAAGCCAAUUUUAAUAACAUUAUUGAAACAGAAUUCACAGUCACUGGCCUUGAUGAGGAGAAGACGUAUGAAUUCCGUGUCAUUUCAAAAAAUGCUGCUGGAGUGGCAAGUGUGCCUUCUCCAAGCACUGGAGAAAUCACAGCAAAGGAUGAAGUUGAUCCACCUCAGAUAGACAUUGACUCUAAAUACGCUUCAGUCCUUGUGGUAAAUGCUGGAGAGUCAUUCAGAAUUGAUGCUGGUAUUCAAGGAAAACCUGUGCCUACAGUCCACUGGCUAAAGGGUGGUGAAGAGCUCACAAAUGCAGCACGUCUUAAGAUUAAAAACACAGACAUCACUGCUUUUCUGUACUUAAAGGAGGCGAUCCGUGUAGAUGGAGGUCAAUAUACCCUUUUAUUAAAGAAUAUUGGUGGAGAAAGGUCUGUGAAUAUCAAUGUCAAAGUUUUAGACAGACCUGGUCCACCUGAAGGACCAAUUCAAAUCUAUGCAGUGACAAGUGAAAAAUGCUGCAUUUCUUGGAAACCACCUCAACAAGAUGGGGGAGCUAAUGUAUCCCAUUAUAUUGUUGAAAGAAGAGAGACAAGCAGACUAGUCUGGACUGUAGUGGACUCUGAAGUUCAGACUCUUAAUCUGAAAAUCACAAAACUUCACCCAGGUAAUGAGUACAUCUUUAGAGUAAUUCCUAUUAACAGGUAUGGAAUUGGUGAGCCUUUGGAAUCAGAUCCAGUCAUUGCUACUAAUUCAUUUGUUGUACCAAGUGCACCAACAGGUGUUGAAGUGUCCAAUAUCACAAAAGAUUCCAUGGUUAUCACCUGGGAAAGACCAAAUAAUGAUGGUGGCAGCCCAAUUACUGGAUUUGUUGUUGAAAAACGUGACAAAGAUGGGGUGCGCUGGACAAGAUGCAACAAGCGUGUUGUGACUGACCUCCGCUUCAGAGUUACAGGGCUGACUGAAAGCCGAAGCUAUGAAUUCAGAGUGUCGGCUGAAAAUGCAGCUGGAGUUGGACCACCUAGUGAGGCAACUUCUUACCAGGAGGCAGUGGAUCCGGUUUUCAAACCAGGACCUCCAAAUAAUCCUAAAGUAAUUGACAUAUCACAAUCAUCUGUAGUACUUUCAUGGGGUAAACCCAUCUAUGAUGGUGAUUGCGAAAUUGAAGCAUACAUUGUGGAAGCCUGUGAAUCGACCGCAGAUGAAUGGACAAUGUGUACCCCACCUACAGGAAUCACACAGACAACAUUUGAGGUGACAAAACUUUUAGAAAAACAUGAAUACAAAUUCAGAAUCUGUGCCAUAAAUAAGAUGGGUGCCGGUGAGUUUGCUAAUCUGCCUACACCAGUACUCCUUGAGGAAAAACUAGAGGCACCAGACCUUGACCUUGGUGCUGGCCUCAGAAAAAUGAUCAAUAUCAAAGCUGGAAGUACCUUGCAAGUAUUGAUUCCAAUCAGAGGUCGUCCUGCGCCUGAAGUGAAAUGGAGAAAAGCUGAUGGUAAAAUGAAUGAAACCGCUCAAAUCAACACAACAAGCAGUUAUACCUCCCUUGUUAUUGAAAACGUUGAUAGAUUUGACAGUGGAAAAUACAUAGUGAUUGUUGAGAAUGCAAGUGGUGUUAAAUCUGCCUUUAUCCGUGUGGGAGUGCUUGACACACCUAGUCCACCUCAGAACUUAACUGUCAAGGAAAUCACCAAGAAUUCCAUCACUCUUACUUGGGAAUCACCUGCUUUAGAUAGUGGAGCUAAGAUAAAGCAUUACAUAGUAGAGAAGAGGGAGAGCACAAGAAAGGCAUACUCUCCAGUUGUGACUUGCAACAAAAUGUCAUGGAAGGUAGAUCAACUUCAAGAAGGUUGCAGCUAUUUCUUCCGAGUUCUUGCUGAAACUGAACUGGGCAUUGGGUUACCAGCUGAAACUCCUGAGCCUCUCAAGAUUUCAGAGGUCCCAGAACCACCUGGCCGAAUAACCAUUGUGGAUGUUACAAGGAGAGGUAUUUCACUUGCCUGGGAGAAACCUAAUCAUGAUGGAGGCAGCAAGAUAAGCCACUAUGAAGUUGAGAUGCAAGUAAAAGACACUGACAAAUGGUCUUUGUGUGCUCAAGUAAAGGCACUUGAAACUCUAGUUACUAAUUUGCCUCAGGGUCAGGUAUACACAUUUAGGGUCAUUGCUGUUAAUGAUAAAGGUAAGAGUGAUCCCAGAAUCCUUGGCAGCUUUGUUGAAGCAAAGGACCUAGUCAUUCUACCUGCUGUCCUUCCCAGAUUGAGCACUUACAGUGUACAAAUUGGCCGUGAUCUCCAAAUAGAAGUUCCAAUUGCUGGACAUCCAAAGCCAACCAUCACCUGGACUAAAGAUGGUGCAGCUCUGAAACAGACCACAAGAGUGAAUGUUACAGACAGUGAACACCAUACCAUUCUCAACCUUAAAGAAGCAACAAGAGAUGAUGAUGGCAUGUACAAUAUUUCUGUAGCCAAUUCUCUGGGACAGGCUGAUGCCAGUAUUGAAGUCAUAACAUUUGACAAACCUGGUCCACCAACAGGCCCAGUGAGGCUAGAGGAUAUCAGUAUAGAAAGUGUUACCCUGUCUUGGGACCCACCUGCGUACACUGGAGGUUGCCCAAUUUCAAAUUACGUUGUUCAGAAGAGAGACACAACCACCAUCGACUGGGUUACAGUGUCUGCUACAGUUGCAAGAACAACAUUAAAGGUCACAAAUCUGAAAACUGGUGCUGAAUAUCAAUUCAGAAUUUAUGCUGAAAACAGAUAUGGCAAAAGUCAUGCUAUUGAUUCAGAACCUGUUCUCGCCCAGUACCCAUUCAAUGAGCCUGUACCUCCAGGUACUCCAUAUGUGUCAACAUAUACUAAAGAUUCCAUGACUGUGGAAUGGCACAAACCCAUCUCAGAUGGUGGCAGUGUUAUUCUUGGCUAUCAUCUUGAAAGAAAGGAGAAGAAUAGCAUUCUAUGGACAAAGGUUAACAAAAGCCUUAUCAAAGACACUAAAUUCAAAACAUCCCCAUUGGAAGAGGGUAUAGAGUAUGAGUUCAGAGUUUAUGCUGAGAACAUUGUCGGUAUUAGCAAAUGCAGCAAAGUUUCAGAGGGAUGUGUAGCAUGUGACCCUUGCUAUCCACCUGGGACACCUGUGGCCAUUGUUGUGACCAGACACUCAGUUAGAUUGCGCUGGACUCCUCCAGAGUAUGAUGGCGGCAGCAUGAUCACUGGAUAUGUUGUGGAGAAACAGAACCUUCCAGAUGGUCACUGGAUGAAGGCAAGUUUCACAAAUGUUACAGAAACAGAAUUUAAUGUUGAAGAACUGGCAGAAGAUUCUAGGUAUGACUUCAGGGUAAUUGCCAAAAAUGCAGCUGGUACUAUCAGCAAACCGUCUGAGAGCACUGGGUCAAUCACAGCAAAGGAUGAGGUUGAACCACCAACAUGCAAUAUUGACUCCAAGUUCAGCCAGAUCAUGGUUGUAAAUGCAGAUGACACAUUCACACUAGAAGCGAAUGUGCUAGGUAAGCCAUUACCCACAAUUCAGUGGUUCAAGGGUGAUGUGGAAGUUGAAAUGUCUGCUAGAUGUGAAACCAAGAACUCAGACUUUAAAGCAGUACUUGUGGUUAAAGAUGCCAUUAGAAUUGAUGGAGGACAAUACACUCUCCGUCUAUCCAAUGAAGCUGGAACUGAAACUGUAUCAUACAAUGUGAAAGUUCUUGACAGACCAGGGCCUCCAAAAGGACCUCUGAUUGUCUCUGGUGUAACAUGUGAAAAAUGUUCACUGUCUUGGCUUCCACCAGAACAUGAUGGUGGCAGUAGUAUUUCUCACUAUAUCAUCCAAAAGAGAGAAACCAGUCAUCUUGCAUGGACUGAAGUUUCUAGUGACUGGGAAGCAACUCUGUUGAAAGUAGCCAAGCUCAUAGAAGGAAAUGAAUACAUUUUCCGUGUCAUGGCUGUUAACAAGUAUGGUGUUGGUGAACCUCUGGAAUCUGCACCAGUGAUUAUAAGAAAUCCAUUUGUCGUUCCUGAUCCACCUAAAGAUAUCACAAUCACCAGCAUCUCAAAAGAUUCCAUGACAGUGUGCUGGAGCCGAUCAGAGAAUAAUGGUGGCAGCGAAAUAACUGGGUACAUCGUGGAGAAGAGAGACAGAGCUGGAGUUAGAUGGACAAAAUGCAACAAACGCAGAGUAACAGAUCUUCGUUUCAGAGUGACAGGACUCACAGAAGAUCAUGAGUAUGAGUUCAGGGUCUCAGCAGAAAAUGCAGCUGGACCUGGACAACCAAGCAAAGAAACUAUUUACUUCAAGGCCUGUGACCCCACAUUUAAACCUGGUCCACCCACAAAUGCUUAUGUUCUUGAUACCACCAAAAAUUCUGUCUCCCUGGCAUGGAGUAAACCAAUCUAUGAUGGUGGCUGUGAAAUUCAAGGAUAUGCUGUGGAGAUCUGCAAAGCAGAUGAGGAGGAUUGGACCAUCUGCACACCAGCAAGUGGGCUGGAUGCCACUACAUUUACUAUCACUAAGCUCAUAGAGCACCAGGAAUAUAAGGUUCAGAUACAUGCUAUUAACAAAGAAGGAGUUGGUGAACCAGUUGCCCUACCUGAAACAGUGAAACCUGUAGACAAAAUGUUUGUGCCGGAGAUCAAGCUUGAUGGAGAUCUAAGGAAGGGCAUUGUUGUUCGUGCUGGGGGAUCUAUGAGAAUCAAGAUACCUUUCAAAGGACGCCCUGCUCCAGAAAUUAACUGGACCAAAGAUUUUGGGGACCUUCCUGAGAGGGCUCAAGUUGAAAAAGGCCUUGAUUACACUGUUGUAUCAAUUGACAUAUGUGAUAGAAAUGAUGCUGGGAAAUAUACCCUACAUUUGGAAAAUAACAGUGGAACUAAAUCAGCAUUUGUUCAUGUUAAAGUGUUGGACACUCCAGGACCACCAUUGAAUCUCACGGUCAAAGACGUAACAACGAAUUAUGUCACUCUGACUUGGGAGCCCCCAGCUAUUGAUGGUGGAGCCAAAAUCAAGAACUAUGUUGUGGACAAGCGUGAUUCAACCAGAAAAUGUUAUACCAAUAUCACAACCACGUGCACUAAGACAACUUUCUGUAUAGGAGAUCUUGUUGAGGGUGACUUUUAUUACUUCAGAGUCAUGGCUGAAAAUGAAUUUGGAGUUGGUUUACCUGCUGAAACACAGGAUGCAGUCAAAAUAGCAGAGGCCCCUCUGUCUGUGGGUAAGGUGACCCUAACUGAUGUCACUAAACACACUGUCUCAUUGUCAUGGGAGAAACCAGACUUUGAUGGAGGAAGUAGGAUUCUAGGAUACUAUGUUGAAAUGCAGCCUAAAGAAUCUGGGGAGUGGAUUUUGGCAACAACAAGUAGGACUUGUGAGGGAGUAGUCACUGGGCUUAGUGCAGGUCAGGAAUAUCUUUUCAGAGUUUCAGCCUACAAUGAAAUAGGAAAAAGUGAUCCAAGACCAUUACUUUCCUAUGUGGUAGUAGGAUAGUGGUAGUAGUGGUGGCAAUAGUAGCAGUAGUAGUUGGUAGAUGUUUGACAUUUUGCACUUAAUCUCAGCUAAAUUGAAGGCACAAAAGCUGACCCAGUUAAUGUUAAAAUCAGUGAUACAUUUGGAUCAACUGAGUGCCAUUUGAGCGUUACUUUAUCACAGUAAAGAAAUGCUUCCUCCAUCGGCCCAUUAACAUAUGAUGUUUGUUCAAGCAUACCCAAUAAUAUUAUUGAGAGAAGGGAGAUAUAUCUUCUUUCUUAGACCAUUGUGGAAUCCAAAAUCUAUUAGUUACAAAAUGACCAAACUCUUGCCAAAACAAGUAGGCAACAUCUUUACAGUUAUGGCAGUGAAUACAUAUAGUUGAACUUAUGGAAUCUGAGCCGAAGGCAAGUGCCAUAACAAGGGAUUCAAUCACUGUGUCUCUGCCCCGAAGAUGAGGGAAGUUCAAAGAUCGUCCUGGAAAAUGUGACAUGAAGGAAUCUUUUGGACAAAAUGCAACUGUAAACAACUCAUUAAUUUGUCUGCCAGAUUAACACAUGGACAUUUUUAUAAAUUCAGAGUAUCUACUGAGAAUGCUGAGAGUGUGAACACCAAGUCACCAGACUAUAACAACUGUGUGCUGCAGCAUGUCCUCUUCGUUCUCUAAAUAAUCCCAGUGACUCACCACUCAAGCACUACUCUGAUGGUUUUGCAUCAGAUCCAGAUGUGUCUAUAUAUAUGGUUGAAGUGAAAGAAGUCUCAGAAGAUUAACGUACCAUUGUCACCCCACCCUUCAGUGCAAACAAACUAACCUAUUAUAGUCAUUGAAUGAACUGAAGCACAAUGCAAAGGACAACUCCCACAUCUUUACUGUAAAUAUUAAAAGAGUUGGAGAGGAACCCUUCAAGUGUGAUUACUGCAGAAAAAACUGCAUCCAGUUCAGAAUCCACUGAACUGGAUGCAGACAUUAGAAAUAUGGCCAGUGUCUGUCCAAGUGCAUCAUUGAGACCAUUUGUCACCAUCAGAGGAAUACCUAACCUUGGUUAAGGGGGAGCCAGGCUAUUGGUACCUUGACAGAGCAUGCCCUAAUUUAACUCUUGAAUUCAUAGCCAAUGCUCGUCAUUCACAAUGUUGACAUACUUCAAAAGUGGUAAAUAUGUUUUGAAAUAACUGGACCACCAAAUCAGCCUUUGUUAUUGUGAGAGUUUUGGAUUCACCAAAUGCACCUGAGAGCUUGAGAUCAAGGAAACAGAUUCUGUGCAACUAUUAUGGAAGCACCUUCAUUAUGGAGAAGAAUGAGUCUAUAAUAAUGACAUGUACAACUAUUACACAUAAUUGUAUGAAGCAGGGGGGCGCUGUGGCACAACAGGCUGCAGCGCUCAUACCAUAUAAGGGUCCAAGUGCCCACGGGGACCCAGGUUCGAAUCCGACAUACGGUCAUAUCCCGGUCCCACCCCACCCCAUCUCUCUCUCCCACUUACUUCCUGUCUCACUCUUCACUGUCCUAUACAAAUGAAGGCAAAAAGCCCAAAAAAUAUACUUAUGAAGCAUUUUGUAAUUGUUUCUGAUCUCCAAGAGCUUCAGUAACUCCUGAACCAGUCAAAGUAUCCCAAGCACCUAUAACCCCAGGAAUAUCUUGUUGAACUUGUCACACUGCAACUCUUGGAAAAAUCAGACCAUUAUGCAAUAAAACCACAGGCUACACUGUGGAAAUACUGACCAAAGGGAGCUGAUAAAUGUUCUUUGUUUACUACAGUGAAAAGAAUUGGAGGUAACCAAUGAUGAACUCAUUGCAGGAGAGUUUUCAUUCAGAAUCACAGCUCAAUGACAAAGGCAAGAGUAACCCUUAAUCACUGGGUCUAUCUGUGAUUGCAAAAGACAUUCUGAGGAUAUGGUUGCCCAGCAUCAAUACAAACCACCAGGUUCACUCAGCACAGGACAAAUGUUAAUAUGGCUCUAUAUGCAACAAGCUUCAUUGGAGACUCUCCCAUCUCUGGCUACCACCCUGAAAAUGACAUAGCCUUUUAUGGCUGAAGGUCAAUGCAACAGUUAUUGAAAAAAGAGAAUGCAAAGCCAUUGGUCUGAUUGAGGGUCUGGAAUACUCCUUCAUAGUUUAUGCUGAGAACAAUGCUGGCCUCAGUCCUGUCAGUAAGGGAAAGCAAGCGCAGACUGGCCAUCUCUCCUGUUGGUCUACUUGUCAUCCUCAAAUGGGAAUUGCAGUAAGAGUCGAAGUGUUGAGAGGUGCCAAGGAUGAACCAUGGCUAAGGUGUAACAGGGCUGUCUGCUGGUGAUUGCUUUGUAUUUAGAGUGAUUGCAAGAAAUGUCAUUGGCACUGUCGGUCCACCUUCCCAGUCUUCUGGCCACAUCAUGAAAGUGCCACACCUGAAAUUGUCCUCAGCAAAAAGAUUACCUUUACUAUCAAAUCAAGUGAAAACAUCAAACUUUAGCAUAGCAUUAUUGAAAAUACCGAGGAUCUCUAUGUCCUUACCUCUUUACAUCAUACAAAGAUGGAAAGGAGCUUGACAAGCUGCUGGUUGACAUUACAGCCAAUGUUGGACCAAGCAGCCUGUUUAUCAGAGAUGCUGAAUGCAAACAUUGUUUAAAAAAUGAUGGCUUUGCACAAGUUGUGUGAUUGAUAAAUAGCUGGAUCACUGUUCUUGUAAAUAUGAGCUUGACAUGACUGUAUACCAAAGACUAAACUCCAGAGUUGUUAUAAAAUCUGCCACAUUGGAUUAUUAUGACUUCGGAUCAUUUUUUUCUGUGAUGUGCACACACUGUACAGCCCAGUUUAACUGUUAUGGGAAAUGUAUAAAUGGUCAUGUAUGACCACAUUAACUGAAACAAAAAUAACUUUGUUUUAUAACAGAAUGUUUAGCAUGACAUGAAUCCUAAGCCUAAAAAAACAAAAUCAACAAGUAGAAGCCCCCUGUGUUGAGGCUGACUGUCCUACCGCCAUUUUGAUGACAUGCUCAAAAUGUGACGGCUCGCACUUCCUGAGCAAAGGUUUCUGGCAAAGGAAUAUCUGUAUGCUUGAAAAUGCUGCAGUUAUGCUUUGAAAAACAUCACUGGGCCAUAGAUUGAGAAAGUAUAUCUUGUACUUACUUGCAGAGCCUUAUGUGCAUCCUCUAUCUCUCUCUCUCUCUGUGUGUGUGUGUGUGUGUGUGUGUGUGUGUGUGUGUGUGUGUGCAUGCUUGUGUGUGUGCGUGCGUGCACGCAUGUGUGUGUUACGUGUAAAAUUUCAACCUUUUAGUCGUUUGGGCAACUAUUUUACCAUAGCAACAACAUAUGCUGUGAAAAGACUUAACAAGUCAAGUUAGGUCAGGUUUGAUUUAGCAAUUUAAUACUUAUAUGCAAACUUUUGAGUUUUAUCAUUAUUGAUUUAAUAAAACAUGAUUUCAGCAUAUA